GUGAGAAUAACUGUCUGCACAGUUAAUUAUUAGAUCAAGUUUGUGGGUCCGACAUAACAAGCAUACCUGUAUGGAUUGCUGUGUUAUCUGAGUGGGUUGCUGUGGUAUCUGCAGAAUGUAUUUCUAUAAAAGACCAGAAGAAGGUAAAAAAGCUUUAUUAUAAUUGUAAUAAUGAGCAGAAUAACCUGCUCAUCUUCAUACCAUCUACUACAGACUCACAGAGUGGGCAGGUAAUAAAAGCAUGCGGUGUCUGCUGGGUGAGACACAAACAUUUCAGCUAUGUCUGCAGCACAGAUCUAAACAGGCUCGGCAGCAUUACCACAUGCAGAAUCCACAGACUUCGCUGUGUGUUCUUACAGCAGAGAGCAUGCCAUGCAAGACUGUUCCAGAGACAGAGAUCCCAGGGAUUAGAAUGAUGCUGUGAUGAGUUUGAUGACAUAAUCAACCAUGCACCAUCUCCUCUUCAUCUCAGGGCUGUUGUUGCCAGUUCUGGUUGUCAGUUCUCAGCAGUAUCCCUAUAUCAGUAAAAAGAUGAGCUGGAUGGAGGCCCAGAAGUUCUGUAGAGAGACGUUCUCUGACCUGGCCACAGUUAAUACUAAAGAAGAUAUGAGUGGCCUGCUUAGGAUCAUUUUAGCUGCUGUAACUCAGAACGUUUACAUCGGACUCUACAGAAGUGGCGUGUUCACGUGGCACUGGACGCUGCCGGGGAACGGCUAUUUGGAAUUCCAGAACUGGAAAGCCGGACAGCCGAAAGUGGGUUCAGAGCAGGACGGCUGUGCUGGGAUGGAUCAGAACGGGGAGUGGUUUGAGGAUAGCUGUUCUACUCAGAGGACAUUUGUGUGCACUGAUGUAAACAGUGGCACCUACAUCCUGGUCCCAAUAAGCAAAUCGUGGAGAGAUGCUCAGGAACACUGCAGAGGUUUUUACACAGAGCUAGCCAGUGCCAUGAACUCUUCUGAAAAUCAGAAGAUAAAAGUGGCUGCUGGGUCUCAGCAGGUGUGGAUUGGACUGUUUAAGGACAGCUGGGUGUGGUCUGAUUCGAGUGGUUCCUCCUUCCGCUUCUGGAACACCAAUCAGCCAAGCAAUAUCAAAGGACAGGAUUGUAUGGUAGUUACAACAAACCCCACAGGACGAUGGAAUGAUGUUAGCUGUGCUAAUGCUAACUUCUUCAUUUGCCAAGGAGAUCUGAAAACUGGCUUAGCCUUGCAGUCAUCCACAUCACCACCAUCCACAUCACAAUCAUCCAAACCAACCCAGACCCAGAUCUCUUUACCACUACCCACAUCAACCCAGAACCAGACCUUAUUACCAACCCAGAGACAGAUCUCCUCACCAACAUCAUCCACACCGACCCAGAGCCAGACAUCAUCCACACCAACCCAGAACCAGCCUUCAACACCAUUCACACCAACCCAAAACCAGACCUCAUCACUAUUAUUCACACCAACCCAAAACCAGACCUCAUCAUCAUCAUCCACACCAACCAAGAUCCAGACUGCACCAUCCUCCACACUAACCCUGAACCAGACCUCAUCACCAUCAUCUACACCAACCCAGAUCCAGACUUCACCAACAUCAUCAACACCAACCCAAAACCAGACCUCAUCACCAUCAUCCACACCAACCAAGAUCCAGACUGCACCAUCCUCCACACUAACCCUGAACCAGACCUCAUCACCAUCAUCUACACCAACCCAGAUCCAGACUUCACCAACAUCAUCAACACCAACCCAAAACCAGACUUCACCAACAUCAUCAACACCAACCCACAACCAGACCUCACCAACAUCAUCCACACCAACCCAGAUCCAGACUUCACCAUCAUCAUCCACACCAACCCAGAACCAGACCUCACCAACAUCAUCCACACCAAACCAGAACCAGACCUCACCAACAUCAUCCACACCAACCCAGAACCAGACCUCACCAACAUCAUCCACACCAACCCAGAACCAGACCUCACCAACAUCAUCCACACCAACCCAGAUCCAGACUUCACCAUCAUUAUCCACACCAACCCAGAACCAGACCUCACCAACAUCAUCCACACCAACCCAGAACCAGACCUCACCAACAUCAUCCACACCAACCCAGAACCAGACCUCACCAACAUCAUCCACACCAAACCAGAACCAGACCUCACCAACAUCAUCCACACCAACCCAGAACCAGACCUCACCAACAUCAUCCACACCAAACCAGAACCAGACCUCACCAACAUCAUCCACACCAACCCAGAUCCAGACUUCACCAUCAUUAUCCACACCAACCCAGAACCAGACCUCACCAACAUCAUCCACACCAAACCAGAACCAGACCUCACCAACAGCAGCUACACCACUUUAUCAAACUUCAGUUCAGACAGAUGACCUCGUUUUGGUGAGGGAGAACUCAACAUGGAGUGAGGCCGUAAGUUACUGCAGAGAGCAUCAUAUGGACCUGGUGUCAGUUCUCUCCAAGUGGCAGCAGCAGAGUGUGGAGAGGAAGGCUAGCUUAGCAUCCAGCAGCCACGUGUGGCUAGGUCUACGCUACACAUGCACCUUCGGCUUCUGGUUUUGGACCAGAGAUGGAGAGGCAGGCUGCUACCAGAACUGGGCUACAGGUCAGGGAACAGUGGGCUCAAAGGACUGCAGCAUGGCUGGGGCAAUGGAGUCCAGCGGGGAACACCAAUGGGUGCAAAGACCUCAAAGUGAACGAUUUAACUUCAUCUGCUUCACAUGUGUGACAUGUAAAACAUGUGCUGCAGCCUUACCUUAAACUAAACAUGACUCACUUAAUAAAAUAAGUAAAAAAAAAAUAAAAAUAAACUCGCUUAUUGACAUCCAUUAUAAAAUGUAUGCUCAUUAGUCUUUCUAGGCACCAGAUUCGCAGUUUUACUGUACUGUACCUGGUCACCUUCCCUAGUUUGCAUAGCUAUGUAAAUUCAGACACCAAAAUUAUUGGCUUCCCAGGUUCCCAAAAUUAUACGGUUCCCAGGUUCAAAUUACAUGGAUGCCACAAGUUCAAAGAUUAGGUGGCAUCAACUAUAGCCUGCACUUUUCAGAGGUUUAGGCUGCCUUUAUGCUUUUACCAACAGGCAAGGACCUUAACCUAGUCUAGAUGGAAACAGGGGUCCACGAGCACAUAGUGAAUUUUUUUUCGCCACCUGUUUUUUCUUAAUCUUUGAAGUGUCUUUUUUAAGAUUCUGACAGGUAACAGGAUGAAAUAAUGUCCCAUGACAUUUAUUUUUAACCCUUUAAUGCAUCUAUGCUAAUUCCGAACCGGAAAAAAAUUAUGAAGAAAUUGGCAUAGCUCCUUGAGUUAACAACCUAUACAGACAAAUGAGCACACUUUUCCAUACAAUUCUGGGCCAAGGAAUUUAACUGAAUGGUUAUUUUUAAUUUUUUUACACAUUUUGACUUAAUUUUGGGACGAAAAUAUGAAAAAAUAGCAAAAAAUGUAAAUUUGCCUGUAUGUUUUCACAUUACACUAAAAUCAUGUGCAUUAAAUGAAAACAUCUUGGGGUUUUUCUUAAUCUUUGAAGUGUCUACUUUAAGACUAUGACAAGUAACAGGACAAAAAAUGUCCUGUGGGGCUUAUUUUUAACCCUUUACUACACCUAUCCCAAUUUCGAACCUGAAAAAAAAAUGAAUUAAUUGGCAUAGCUCCUUAAGUUAACAACCUAUACAGACGAAUGAGCACACUUUUCCAUACAAGUCUGGGCCAAGGAAUUUAAUGGAAUGGUUAUUUUAAAUUUUUUUACACAUUUUGACUUAAUUCUAGGACAAAAAUAUCAAAAAUUAGCAGAAAAUGUUAAUUUGCCUGUAUGUUUUCACAUUAUACUAAAUUCCUGCACACUAAAUAAAAACAUCUUGAGAUUUUU